GGUCCCAGUUUCCACCAGUCGCUGCACCGUUGCCGGUCCGGCUAUAUAUUGCUGUUCCGGAAGUGCUCGCUCUUUUCUAGCUUUCGAAGAUGGCGGACCAGGGCGAGAAGAAGGAGAACCCCAUGAGAGAGCUGCGCAUCCGCAAGCUCUGCCUGAACAUCUGUGUGGGUGAGAGCGGCGACAGGCUGACCCGUGCCGCCAAGGUGCUGGAGCAGCUCACUGGCCAGACCCCGGUCUUCUCCAAAGCUCGCUACACUGUGCGAUCGUUCGGCAUCCGUAGGAAUGAGAAGAUCGCCGUUCACUGCACCGUCCGAGGUGCAAAGGCUGAGGAGAUCCUGGAGAAGGGGUUGAAGGUGCGUGAGUAUGAGCUGAGGAAGAACAACUUCUCUGACACUGGCAACUUCGGCUUUGGCAUCCAGGAGCACAUUGACCUGGGGAUAAAGUACGACCCCAGCAUCGGCAUCUACGGCCUGGACUUCUAUGUGGUCCUGGGUAGACCAGGCUUCAGCAUUGCAGACAAGAAGAGGAAAAUGGGCCGUAUUGGGUUCAAGCACCGCAUCCGCAAGGAGGAAGCCAUGCGCUGGUUCCAGCAGAAGUACGAUGGCGUCAUCCUCCCUGGGAAGUAAACGGACCAUGUUUUUGACUUUGUAAUGUACUAUUAAAAAGAAAAAUGACAUCU